AUGCCGUACCGCAGGGUGGACCUGGAGACCAGCCAGUUUGGUGUCCUGCACUCGGCCUCGUCGGCUUCGCUGCCUGCCCACGCGGCGGCGCCCGACUUUAGCAGCAGCGACCCGUACCGAGUCCUCGGCCUCUCGCCACAGGCCUCGCCCGACGAGGUACGCACAGCCUACCGCCGGCUGGCCAUGCGGCUCCAUCCGGACCGCAAUUCCGACGAUCCGGCCGCCGCCGACAAAUUUGCUAAGAUCCAGGCUGCCUACGAUGCGCUGGCCCAUCCGGAGAAGGCCGCCCGCCGCGCCGCGCCCGGGCCCGACCGCCGCGCCUCACCGCAUCAUCCGCCGCCGCCGGGCGACGAUCCCUUUGCCGACUUUGUCAAUGCCAUGUUUGGUGGUGGACCUGCCGGCGGCCGCGAUGGUGGCGACAUCGCCGCCCCGCUCCGCAUUGCCAUGGACAUGGCCUUCCGUGGCGGCCGCGCCUCGGUCGCCGUCGAUCGCGUCGCCGUCUGCUCCGUCUGCUCCGGCACAGGCGCAGCCUCGGGCAACUCGUAUCGCUGUACCGCCUGCUCCGGCACAGGCCGUGCUACCACUCGCCGGACCAUGGGAUCGGCCGUCUUUACCUCGGUCGGCCCAUGCUCGGCCUGCCGCACCGCGCCUGGCCGCCCCGGCGUCGCCAUCCCACCCGCCGACGUCUGCAAGAGUUGCCGCGGCAUAGGCCGCGUCCGCGAGCAGGCCUCGGUUCCAGUCGACCUUCCGCCGGGCGUCUUCUCAGGCCUCACCCUCCGCGUUCCCGGCCAGGGCUCUGGCCCGACCGGUGAUCUGUACGUCACUGUCGACGUCGAGACACCGACGGGCUGGGAGAUCCGCGGAGCAGACGUCGUCGUUCACCAACGCAUCGCCCUGGUCGACGCCCUCACCGGCAACUUUCACAUCACCAUCCACCACCCGGCCGGCCACAACUUGCGCGUCUCGGCCGCUGAUGUCCGCGCUGCCGGCGUCCUCGCCCCGGGUGCCGUCCUCCGCGUCCCGGGCGAGGGCAUGCCACACCUCGGCACGCCCGCACGUCGCGGCAACCUCUACAUCGCCUUUGACAUCGCCUUUCCGCCCCACCUCGAUCCACAAGCCGCCGCCGCGUUGCGCGACCUCCUCGCCGCCCCAGGCCCUUCCACCUACGAGACCGGCCCCCACGUUCACCACCAUCCGUCCGCCGCCGACAAGACCAUCGUCCUCGACAAGGCUAACGUGCUCUCCAACGACGCUGCUGCCGCCGAAGUCGGCCGAUCCGCCGCUGGCCAACGCUCCUCCCGGCCGCCGCCGACCGAUGACGGAGCCCCAGGCCCGGGCUCGUGCUCUGUCUCGUAA